GUUUUCCAACUUCCAUAUCCAACAAUACCGCCGCGUCGCGUCGCGUCGGGGCACCAUGGAGUAGGGAUGUGGACGGACGGGGGUAGCACACAGCGAAGUUCAGACGCCGACUAACGCGAUUGUGGAAUCGUUGGGAACCAUCAACGGACUAACGGAAAUCACUGGGAGCGGACUCUCGGUGCUGCUGACUGCCGGUGAGAUAAACCUGCUUUGAUGCAGAAACCUUGGAGGGUUUUUUUUUCCAGCCAAAGGUGAGUAAAGAUGAUGGCUGAUGCCAGCGACAUGUUGGCGGCCGCCUUGGAGCAGAUGGAUGGCAUUAUAGCAGGCUCCAAGACUCUGGACUACUCCAAUGGGAUGUACGACUGUCAGUCCCCCACCUCUCUUUUCAUGGGCAGCCUGCGGGCGCUGCACCUUUUGGAAGACCUUCGGAGCGUCCUGGAGUUGAUGGACACGGAGGAACGAGAGAGUCUGCGCUGCCAGAUCCCCGACUCCACAGCUGACCGUCUGCUCGAGUGGCUCCAUGGUCACUUGUCCAACGGGCACAUCUAUCUGAGUGGCUCUGACCACUACCAGGAGAGGCUUUCCCAAAUAGAAUGUGAUAAGGAGUCACUAGUUCUUCAGGUGAGCGUGCUGACGGACCAGGUGGAGGCUCAGGGAGAAAAGAUUCGAGACCUGGACAUGUGCUUGGAUGAGCACAGGGACAAACUCAACGCCACUGAGGAGAUGCUACAACAGGAGAUUCUGUGCAGAACUACGCUGGAGACGCAGAAGCUAGAACUGAUCUCCGAAGUGUCCAACCUGAGGCUGAAGCAGAAUACCUUGGAGAAGGACAGACUUGAUUUUGAUGAUAGAUUUAGAGAUAGUGAGGAUUUGAUUCUUGAAAUUAACGAACUGCGGUACAGAUUGACAGAGCUGAAGAGUGAAAAACUACAGUACGAAAAGAAACUCAAAUCCACAAAGUCGCUAAUGGCCAAGCUUUCUAGCCUGAGAAGCAAAAUGGGCCAGAUGCAGUAUGAGAAACAGAGGAAGGAGCACAAACUCCAGGCUAUGAAGGAGGAGCUGGCCGCGAUGAGGUGGCAGCUGGAGGGCAAAGACAGAGAGACGAGGAGACUACAGGACGAGACGGGCUUCAGAGCCAUCGCCUCGAGCAGUUCAGAUCCUGCGGAAAGAGUCUCUCAUCCAGAUGAAACUCUUAGAAAGAGGCUGAAAGAAAAACAUGUGGAAUUGCAGAGAAUGAAAAAGGCAGUCGAGUCGUUGAUGGCAGCCAAUGAAGAAAAGGAUCGUAAGAUCGAUGACCUGAAGCAGUCGCUGCUGCGUUAUAAGAAAGUUCAAGAGAUGGUGAUGUCAGUGCAGGGGAAGAAAGAGAAAAGCAAAGAUACUGAACACAUGGGCAGUAAUGGUGAUGAGUCUAUUGCAUUCUUCUCAAACAUCACGGUGUUCAUGGAGUCCGAAAAGUAUGACGUUACAGAUGGGGAACAACUGAAAAGUAGGAGCCCAGAUGAGUUGGAGAUCCUCAAUGGACUGAGUGAAGAGCCUUCCCGCACACCGAGCCCUUCAGAUCCAGAAGGAGUAUUAGAAGCAGCAGAUGUAGAAAGCUGCCAUGAUGCUGCACAGACUGGCAGCCGGGAACAUCUGGAGAGGAGCAAUAAUCAAAAGAAUGCCGGUGCAGAGACGAGUGAAAAGCCGCCGAUGGGUCCCUCCGCCACCUCGCCCGCCAGCACAGAGGAUGAAAGCUUUGGUUCCAGAAAGGCUCGUUCCUCCUUUGGAAAGGGCUUCUUCAAGCUCCGUGGGGGCAAGAAAACAACCAGUACCCCUAACCUCGACCGCAGCCAGAGUUCAAGUGCGCCUAUGCUAGCUGAAAUGGAGCGCCAGGGCACCGACCAUCUGGAUCUGGCCGGGCUGCCACAGAGGUCAGCUAACAGCGACAGUACAAACACGCUGUCUAUGACUCCAGAGAGCAGGAAAAAAUCAAAGGGAAUAAAGAAACUCUUUGGGAAGCUAAAAAGGAGUCAGUCUACUACAUUUAACCUGGAUGACAACCUACCAGAAGGUGACUUCAAGAGAGGCGGAGUGCGAGCCACAGCAGGACCCAGAUUGGGUUGGUCUCGUGACCUCAAAACCGCAAACAACGACGUCGAUGCUCCUUUUGCACGCUGGUCAAAGGAUCAGGUGUGCGACUGGCUGCAGGGGCAGGGUCUUGGCCUUCAUGUGAACAUGGCUCGCGGAUGGAUCUCCUCUGGGCAGACGCUGCUGCAGGCCUCACAGCAAGACCUGGAGAGGGAGCUAGGCAUCAAACACCUGCUGCACAGAAAGAAGCUGCAGCUGGCUCUGCAAGCACUGGGCUCCGAGGAGGACGACAAUAAGGGAAAGCUGGACUACCACUGGGUGACGAGAUGGCUGGAUGACAUUGGUUUGCCUCAGUACAAGACCCAAUUUGAUGAGGGGAGGGUGGAUGGUCGCAUGCUGCACUACAUGACAGUGGAUGACCUGCUUUCUCUGAAAGUAGGGAGUGUUCUGCAUCACCUCAGUAUCAAGAGAGCCAUCCAAGUGCUCAGACUCAACAACUAUGAGCCCAACUGCUUGCGUCGUAGGCCAUCGGACGAGAACAAUAUUUCUCCAGCGGAGAUUUCCCAGUGGACCAACCACAGGGUCAUGGAGUGGCUGCGGUCUGCAGACCUGGCCGAAUACGCUCCCAACCUGCGAGGCAGCGGCGUGCACGGCGGCCUGAUGGUUCUGGAGCCACGGUUCAACGUGGAGACCAUGGCUUUGCUGCUGAACAUCCCCCCCAACAAGACGUUGCUGCGCCGUCACCUGGGCACACAUUUCAACCUGCUCAUUGGCUUAGAGGCCCAGCAGCUCAAACAGGAGUGUCUAGAAAACACGGACUAUACUCUGCUGACGGCCACCACUAAGGUCAAGCCAAGAAAACUGUCAUUUGGUAACUUCGGCAGUCUGAGGAGAAAAAAGCAGGAUGAGACAGAGGAGUAUGUGUGUCCGAUGGAUGUGGAGAUGCCAAAGGGACGAAGCUUUCAGAAAGGCUUUGAGCUCCAAAUCUACGAGGAUGACCUUGACAGGCUAGAGCAGAUGGAGGACUCUGAAGGAACUGUGAGACAGAUCGGAGCGUUCUCUGAGGGUAUUCAAAACCUGACGAGCAUGCUGAAAGAUGAUGAAUUCUUCAAAGAGGCUUCAAAUUCACCAAACCCGAGUGUAACGGAUGAGGACUCCAACGCAUGAGACCCGGUUCCCUUGUGACUGGAACGCUGUGCCAAUACUUCUCCCGUUGCACACAGACUUCCCUCGACAAACCCCAACAACACUCUUUUCUUCUUAGUGUUACGUUCAAAGACGAGCCAGGAGUAUUGCAAUGUUUUAUGCUUUUUAUUUUUCAUUUUUAAACAUUGGUGACAGCCUACAGUCCAGCAGCCACUAUCACUCCUGGCCUCGGUUACUGUCGUCUGAUGAAAGCUGGGGAACCUUUGGGGCGACCCCACUGCUCGCCUGCCAGCUGGUUUCUGGAGUUGUUUACUGCCACAGUUCUAUUUCUGAUAGAUUUUUACUGAUGAUUUUAAUAUAUGUAUUUUUUAAAUUCCUUUCUGACUUUAGAACUAUUAAAGAAAGAAGUGAUGUGCUGAGAAGAUUUGCCCAUCUUUAGAAGUUGGUGUAAAGUAAUAACUCCAAACGGCUGCUACGUUUUCUACAGAACCAAGUCCUGCUAAUUACAUGGGAAUUGUCAUAUAUUUGAUCCUACACUGAACAUUUAACAGGUGUUCACUCAAAAGUAAUAUUCUACAUGUAUUUGCACCGAUACAUAUCAUACAGCACAACUUGUAAUGACAUGGUAUUGAAAUUCCACACAUUUACAGUUUAUUAACUUUUUGUUUAUUUCUUGCUAUAAACUGAAACUUUGUAAUUGAAUACAAGUUUUGGAAAGUGUUAUUAUUCAGAAUUGUGAUCUAACAUUAUGUCAGAUUUUUUUCCAAAUACUAUUGUUAUAAUACAACCCUUUACAUUUUUUUUUUUACAUUUGUUUUCUUAGAUCAAUAAAGUUAUUUAAAUGUU